AUGGCCGAAAAUACCGAAAACCUUCUUGAGAUUUCUAAUAUCGAAGUCGGCGCAGAAUUACUUUUUUUUUCGUUAAAAUCCUUUGAAUUUAUUGAAUCUUUUAGUCGUAUUCUUAUAAGCUUCGGACUAUCUUUAUCUUACUUCGACUUUCAACUUAAACCUUUACCGCUACCUUUAUCGGAAACACUUGCUCCGGAAAUGCUUCUUAAAAUAAACAUCGGUCUUAAGAUUUAUACUACUCCUUUUCCUCUUGCUCCUUUUGCUCUUCUAUCAAGCCUUGCGCUAGUUAUAGUCGACUUUGCUAUCUUUCACGCUUUUAUGACUACUCGUAUGCUAUUGCUAGGCGCUUUAAAAGCUUCUUGCUUUAGUGAUGCUAAUAUUACCGACUUUAUCGAAAAUAAAACCGAACAAAGCCGCUUAUUUCUUCUCGGAUUGCUCGUCGGAAUCCGAAAUAAGACGAUCAAGCAUUAUAAAGUCGACGAACUCGACUUAGACUCUUAUACCGCUUUCGAUAACUUCGCUGCAUUCGCUUUUAAGACCGACCAAAGCGCUAAGACUAUCGAAGCUAUGAAUCGGGAAAAGUCUUUUUUAGCCAACUUUAUUAAAGAUAUUCGGACUUUGGUCAAAGAACAUAUAGAGCUAGCUAGCGUUUUUAAGUCUGUUAAGAAAGCCUUAGUAAUAGUGCCGUUCAUUCGUAAACUACGGUUUACGAAUGAAAAAAAGGAAAUUGAUAAAUUCGAUUCGAAGACCGCGACGAAGCUUUUAUCAAAUAUACCGCUUAAGAUGCCCGAAGUGAAGUCAGCUUCGAAAGAGGAGUUCAGAUUGCUGUUAUCGGUUACGAACCACAAGGACGAAGAAGAGAAAAAGGUAGAAGAUACGGGAGCUAAAUGCAAGAUUAUAGCUUUUGCGAGAACUCCGAGGACACAACUUAAGCUCUUUAUUAAUAUCGAGAUAAGUGUAAGGCUUUUAAAGACAUAG